GACUGGUUGCUUGGCGACUAUCGCGAAGUAGUCAGCCCCUCCGCCGUCUUCUUAUCAGCGUGCUCGCCGCCGAACGUCGUUCGUUCUUACUCGAAACGGCGAAAUACGUUUCUUCGAGUCUUGAGCGGAAGUUUGCAGGAACCCGCGGUCGGCAGUUUACGAAAGUUUGCAUGCCUGCAUUUCGGAACGCUUGAACCAACUCGGAUUUGACCGCCCCUUUCACUUACGGCUCCCAAGAACAACAAAGGAAGCCAUGCCGAGAGAAGUGGAGUACCGGGACUUUCCCGGUGGUCCAAUCAGAAUCGAGUUUUCUGACGAGCUGCCGCACUGGAACAUGUGCGCCCCCUGCGGAAUGUUGUCCGCGGAGAUGUACAAGGAUGAACGCGGUCACUUCUUCUGCAGAGCGUGCGUCGACGCCAACAGUCAAAGGAAGCGCAUCUUCUGCAAGCAUGAGAAUAGCGAUGUUCAACUAUCGGACCUAAACGAAGCAACCGAGCUAGUCCUGUCAACACAAGAACUGACUGUGUUUUGCCCCAACAAAAAGCUGGGAUGCACCAAAUACUGCCCUCUGAAUAAUAUGAAGCGACACUGGGUGGAGUGUCCCAUAACACCGAACACCAAAUGCAAAGCAUGCGACACGAUGUUGCCGACCAAGGACCUACGGGACCACGAAGGGGUCUGUCCUGAGACAUACAUCCAGUGCACUAUCUGUUGUCAAGGGAUGCCGAGGAGGACGUACGAGAAUCACCAAAAUGAAUGCCAACGUCCUCCUGAACCUUCAAAACGAGGGGCGAUAGAGAAGAAAUCGUUUCCCUUUGUUUCGUCAAGUGCUUCAGCGCCAUCAUCGCUGACUGGACCCGAAGUGGCCUCAAUGAAAGGCCAUGACCCUUCCAUGACAAAAAGUAUCACCGACGAAGAAAAAAAAUCUUGCCAGUUCUGUGAGAGACCCGUGAAGAAGUGUAACUAUGAAAAACACUUACAAGUGUGUGUGAAAAGGGAAGAAGAACGCAGUCAUCGCUCAUUACCUGUCAAAGAGGAGUGGAAGGCUCACGAAGACGGAUGUCAGGAAAACCCUGUAAACACCAAACGGGAGCCUACUCCAAGUGUUAGCAGACCAGGAAGGAAGGGGCGGAAAAAUUUGACUUCAGAUAUUGGAGCCAAGAACUCGGGGACACCCAAGCAACUUCUUCACUCUGAUAAGGAUCACUCUUUCGAGAUCAUCAGAGAUGAUGAAGUGGAAGCCGUGGCUGAAACGAAGACCGAGAAUAAGGCGAGUUUUGGCGGGUCGACUUCGAAGCAUGCGGGAACCAGAGCCGUGUCUCAAUAUUCGCCAAAACGCAGCACCGACGAUGCAGUGGUCCUAGAAGUGGAUACGUCUGACGGGAAUGGAGACGACCGUGGCAACAACCUGCUUGAUCUUUUCAUGGUGGUAGUCUUUUCUAUGGUUUUGAUGCUGCGGCGCAUGUUAGGCAUCUGGCUCCGAAUUACGUUUUUUCCACUGAAGACACUGAGAUACCUACUCAUUAAACUUCUAUGGCUUGUGACCUUCGGUCCAGCCGGGGUUGCUGCCGCCCUCUUUUUGCUGUUUUUUUAUAGCUAACUAACUAAAUACAACCGCACACAAUACUCAGAUAUAUAUUUUGCAUGGUUAUUUGAUUUAUUGUAAAAUAAAUCGAGGCAUUUGA